AUUCUAAUUUUACCCAACCUAUAUCCGUGGUAUUUUAAUCUUUUCAAUUGGAUCUGUUUAGUGCCUGAGAAAAGAAAUGUUGAUUAUUUCUCGAGCAUUAAUCACAUUCAGAUAUUUUAAUAAAUUCACCGUUCUUCGAAGCUUAAACCUACCCCGACCAGUUAUUUCAGUGAAAUGCAAAACUACGAUAACCAGUAUAGAUUACAGUGUUAGUUCAAGUGUGGCACGAUCCAAUUGGCUGAUCACUAAUCUAAGUAAAGAAGGCAAAUUAAGCCAAGCAAGGGAACUGUUCGAUAAUUUGUGUGAGAGAGAUAAAGAUGUAAUCACUUGGACUGCAUUGAUAUCUGGGUAUAUCAGGAUUGGGUUAAUUGAUGAAGCUAGGAAACUGUUCGAUAGAGUCGAUUCCAGGAAGAAUGUAGUAACGUGGACUGCGAUGCUAAAUGGGUAUAUAAGAUCAGAUCGAAUUGUGGAUGCCGAAAGGUUGUUUGCGGAAAUGCCGGUUAAAAAUGUUGUAUCUUGGAAUACUAUGGUUGAUGGGUACAUGCAAAAUGGGAUGGUCGAUAAGGCUUUUGAAGUGUUUGAUGAAAUGCCUGAAAGAAAUGUGGUUUCCUGGAAUACGAUGUUGACUGCUUUGGUGCAAUGCGGUAGAGUUGAGGAUGCAAGGGCAUUGUUUGAUAAGAUGCCUAAAAGGGAUGUCAUUUCGUGGACUGCGAUGGUCACGGGGUUGGCAAAGAAUGGGAGGGUUGAUGAGGCUAGAAAAGUUUUCGAUAGGAUGCCGGAGAGGAAUGUGGUGUCGUGGAAUGCGAUGAUUACUGGCUAUGCACAGAAUAUGAAAUUGGAUGAGGCUUUUGAUUUGUUUGAGAGGAUGCCGACGAGGGAUUUGUCUUCUUGGAAUGGGAUGAUCACAGGGUUUAUUCAGAAUGGGGAAUUAAGGAGAGCUGAGAGAUUGUUUAAUGAGAUGCCAUGUAAGAACGUGGUUUCUUGGACCACGAUGAUCACGGGAUAUGUUCAAAGUGAACAAAGUGAAGAAGCAUUGAAGAUUUUCGCGAAAAUGUUGGCAGAAGACAGGGUAAAGCCUAAUGAGGGAACUUUUGUAAGUGUUUUGAGUGCAUGUAGUAAUUUAGCUGGCCUUGUUGAGGGACAAGAAGUUCAUCAGACAAUUGUGAAAACAGUUUAUAGGCGUAGCGAAAUCGUUGUAUCUGCACUUAUUAACAUGUAUUCCAAAUGUGGGGAAUUAAAUAUAGCUAGGAGAAUGUUUGAUGAUGGAUUAAUUAGCCAGAGGGAUGUGGUCUCAUGGAAUGGUAUGAUUGCAGCUUAUGCACAUCACGGGUGUGGUGAAGAUGCUAUCAGUUUGUUCAAAAAAAUGUCCGAUUUACGUUUUAAACCUAAUGAUGCUACCUAUGUGGCUUUGCUCUCUGCAUGCAGUCAUUCCGGUAUGCUUAAGGAAGGACUAAGGUACUUUGAUGAGCUCGUGAGAGACAAGUCCAUUCAGGUUAGAGACGAUCACUAUGCAUGCUUGGUUGAUCUCUAUAGUCGAGCAGGGAAGCUCAAGGAGGCUUUUGAAUUCAUUGUGCAGCUUGGGAUUAAACCAUCUGUAUCCGUUUGGGAAGCUCUUCUUGCCGGAUGUCAUGUUCAUGGGGAUGUGAUUUUAGGGAAAUUGGUUGCGAAAAAGAUAUUAGACACGGAACCAGAAAAUGCAGGCACUUACAUGUUGUUGUCUAACAUAUAUGCUUCAAAAGGAAAAUGGAGAAAUGCUGCUAAGGUAAGGUUGAAAAUGAAGGAUAAGGGCCUAAAGAAGCAACCUGGUUGCAGCUGGAUAGAAGUAGAGAAUAAGGUUCAUGUGUUUGUGGUUGGUGCCAAAUCUCAUUCUCAUUCUAAUCUUAUUUACCCAAUACUGCAUGAGCUUCAUGCAAAAAUGAGGAAGGCUGGAAAUAUAUCUAAUACUAAUUACCUGGAGGAGGAGUAGGAGGAUUUAAUCAGCUGAUGUCUAUGCUCGGUUUUAGCCCUUAGUUUUUUCUCCUAAUUCCGAGGAGAGCCCAACAAGUUCAAGGAAUUUGGGGAGUGCCUCAUCACCAAGGAAAUGCUUAGUAUUUGGCGUUGGUGGGCUUCGAAACCAUGCUCUUAUAUGGCAUUACUAGAUAAGAACACAGUCGCUUGACUAGGCACAACACCUCCCCUGUUUGAGAGUCCGGUCGGUUGCUUGACAGACGACACUUCAAAAAGUUCUCCAAAAAAAGAGCGGACCCCCUCAACAAGGAACAUGAUCAACAAUUCCCAUUGUGCUCAUUGACUUGGAUUUUGAAAGCAAAAAAGAGUAUCUCAAAGGGGCUAACAUUUAGGAGCUAAAGGACUUGAUUGAUCAUACUGGUGAUAUCAUGUCUGGUCUGUAUUACAAUUUUUGUUGGAAAAAAACAUUUGUAAUAACAAUUUUUUAACUUCGUCCAUGGCUCUCAUCUCGGUCUAGUGUUGUGAGCUAGGUAAGAAAUUAGAUGUACUAUUGAGACGCUUAUCAAUUGAAGUGAAGCAACUGAAGGUGCAAGCAAAAA